AACCGCCCGUGCUUAACGCACAAGCCGCCUCGCAGCUCUCUGUCUCGGCACGACUGUGUAUAAAAAGCGCGCGCGUAGCUAGCCCCCACAUAUCUUUUGCAUACGGGGCAUUACGGCUCAGCCAAUCGCCGUGCUCUCGCCGAGGGCCAUUGAACUGAGCAACGGAGGAGCAAGGGUUGGACGGCGGAGCGCGCGGGCAGGAUGAAGGUGCAGUGCGACGUGUGCGCGGCCGAGGCGGCGUCGGUGUUCUGCUGCGCCGACGAGGCCGCGCUGUGCGACGCGUGCGACCGCCGGGUGCACCGGGCCAACAAGCUCGCCGGGAAGCACCGCCGGUUCUCGCUGGUCAACCCGUCGGCGUCGGGGCGCUCGCCGCCGGCGCCGCUCUGCGACAUCUGCCAGGAGAAGAGGGGUUUCCUGUUCUGCAAGGAGGACCGGGCGAUCCUGUGCCGGGAGUGCGACGCGCCGGUGCACUCGACGAGCGAGCUCACCAUGCGCCACAGCCGGUACCUCCUCACCGGCGUGCGGCUCUCAUCGGAGCCAGCCGCGUCCCCGGCGCCGCCGUCGGAGGAGGAGAACAGCAGCAGCUUCUGCUGCAGCGCCGACGACGCCGUCCAGGCCCCGGCGCCCGCCACGAGCCACGGCGGGAGCAGCGGCAGCAGCAGCAUCUCCGAGUACCUCACCAAGACGCUCCCCGGGUGGCACGUCGAGGACUUCCUCGUCGAUGACGCCACUGCCGAGGCCGCCGCCGCUACCUCUUCCGGCAUCUCUGCGAACGGGCCGUGUCAGGGAGUAAACCGGAUCGGUGGGCUGCAAGAAUCCGCCGCCUACCCUGCAUGGAUGGCGCAGCAGCAGCCGUGCUGCGACAGCCUCGUCGCCGGCGACGCGGUGGCAAUCCGGGAGCGGUGGGUGCCGCAGAUGUACACCGACCAGCUUGCCGCCGGCAGCAAGAGAUCCAGGACAUCCACUUCCUCCUACUACCGGUGAAACUAAAGCAACUAAAGGCCGUGGCAGCGCUGUGCGCCGCCAUGGUUGUACGUACAGUAGAUAUGAUGCUGUUUCGGGCUUAAAUGACUUGCAUUUUGCGCUUCCGCGCGGGAGUGUUUAUGCUUUUUUGAGGCGAAGAAGGAAAUCUCUGAGCCUUUUGUAUCCUUUUUUGCUCGUCACAUCUGUAUGUUUUUUUUUUCCUUCAACUACGCAAUAACGAGAAUUUUCCCUCUUUUUAUGUAAUUAAGAACCUGGUUAUCUGGGAUUGCUUGGACUUAUCGCGUGUGGUUGAGUAUCGUUGUUGGGUCGGGUCUAAUCGAUUGGAACCGGGUGCGAAGGGGUCAACCGAAGUAGGGCUUUGUACAUGUGCAAUUAAUAUGUUGCAAAGUAGAAAGCUAUCACCUCGUUGGCUUUCAUUGAUGCCGUUUACACCGGCAA